AUGUAUACCGCAUCAUUCGCAUUCUUCGAGGCAAUAUGGGAGGCGGGAAUUACCCAUUGCUUCGUCAACCUUGGUUCCGACCACCCCUCUAUCCUAGAGGCCAUGGUCAAAGGCCAAACUGAGAAGAAUGGCGCAUUCCCAAAGAUCAUUACAUGUCCGAACGAGAUGGUAGCCCUCUCCAUGGCCGACGGCUACGCGCGUCUCACCGGAAAACCACAAUGUGUUAUAGUCCACGUCGACGUAGGAACACAGGGCCUAGGAGCAGCAGUCCACAACGCCUCAUGCGGCCGGGCUCCCGUGCUGAUAUUCGCCGGUCUCUCCCCCUUCACCAUCGAAGGCGAGAUGCGCGGCUCCCGCACCGAAUAUAUCCACUGGAUCCAGGAUGUGCCGGAUCAGAAGGCCAUCGUGGCACAGUACUGCCGAUAUAGCGCGGAGAUCAAGAGCGGCAAGAAUGUCAAGCAGAUGGUUAAUAGGGCGUUGCAGUUUGCUACUAGUGAUCCCAAGGGCCCCGUGUAUCUGUGCGGUGCGAGAGAGGUUAUGGAGGAGGAUUUGACUCCGUACCAGUUGAGGCAGGAGGAGUGGGGACCGGUCGACCCGAGUGCUUUGAGUGAGGCUGGUGUGAAGCGGAUUGCUGAGGCUUUGGUUGAGGCGAAGGAGCCGUUGGUUAUUACGGGCUAUAGCGGACGGAAGCAUGAAGCUGUUGGGGCAUUGGUUAAACUUGCGGAUACGGUUAAAGGUCUUAGGGUCCUCGAUACUGGGGGAAGUGAUAUGUGCUUCCCAGCCGAUCAUCCAGCGUGGUUGGGACUGAGAUACGGCUCGGAUGAAUCUAUUAAGACUGCUGAUGUUAUUGUAGUCCUUGAUUGCGACGUCCCUUGGAUUCACACCAUAUGCCCCCCAUCCAAAACAGCGAAGAUCUUCCACAUCGACACAGACGUCCUUAAGCAACAGAUCCCCGUCUUCUACAUCUCCGCUCAAGCCCGCUUCUCAGCAGACUCAUACACAGCACUCACCCAACUCAACAACUACAUCGCCAACUCCCCAACGGCCUCAAAACUCCUCAGCGCGCCAUACACCGAACGAUGGGAGCAGCUCAAGGAAGCACACUCCAAACGCCUAUCCACCAUCGCCGCAGCCGCAGCCCCCAAAGAAGACGGCUCAUUCGGCACCGGCCACCUCUGCGCCGCGAUCCGCAAACUCGUCCCAGAAGACACCAUCUUCGCUAUCGAGGCAGUGACAUCCACAGGCUUCGUCGCAGACAACAUCCAAGCCACGCUCCCCGGCUCCUGGAUCAACUGCGGCGGCGGCGGCCUAGGCUGGUCGGGCGGCGGAGCCCUAGGAAUCAAGCUCGCAAGUGAGUUUGAGAACGGUGCCGGGAAAGGCAAAUUCGUCGUACAGAUCGUCGGCGACGGGACAUACCUAUUCAGCGUCCCAGGCAGCGUAUACUGGAUUUCCAAACGGUACAAUAUCCCCGUUCUAACCAUCGUGCUGAACAACAAAGGCUGGAACGCGCCUCGGAAAUCCAUGCUCCUCGUCCAUCCCGAUGGGCUAGGCUCGAAAUCCACAAAUGCAGAACUGAAUAUCGAGAUCACGGGCCCGGAUUUCGCGGGGAUUGCGAAGGCUGCUGCCGGGGGUGAUCUGUAUGCUGCGAAGGUGGAGAAUGUGGAGGAGCUGCAGAUGGUGUUGAAGGAGGCUAUUGAGUCUGUGAAGAGCGGGACGACGGCGGUGGUGGAGGCUGUUAUUGCUCCGGGGUGUUGA